UUCGACGUCAUGGUCAAGACUUGAAGGGCUCGACCCAUUGACGUUCACGGACUUCCAGUGGAUGCCCGUUCCCUCGACCGGACGAUUGCCGAAACCGCAUUGCAAUGUGCUCAUAGCACAACUGCGGGAUUACUUGCACACUGCAGUACCAGCUCCGUUGAUGGACGCUGGAGUAGAGGUUGUUGACCUUCACGCUUACAUUGCGAAGAUCGACCGCGAGUUCAAGAUGCAACGGUACGACGACAUCGAUGCACCAUUGCUAUAUGUACGCAUUCAGAUCGGAGAGGUGACCUGCAACGCCUUGAUCGAUUGCGGGGCAUCUCGCAACUACAUCAGCCAGGACUUCAUGGUACGCGCCGGCCUUGGCCCACGUGUCCGGAGGAAGUCCCAGCCCACGCAAGUCACGUUGGCGGACGGUCACACGCACAAGUCAAUCGACCGGUGCAUUGACAACGUCCCAAUGUACUUUGCCCCUCAGGCAAGUGAGGCGGUGUCCUUUGACAUUCUGGACACCAAAUUUGACAUGAUCUUGGGCAUGUCAUGGCUGCAAAGCGAGGAUCACCCGGUGAACUUCUUCCACUGCACCGUUCACAUUCGUGAUCGGAACAGAGUACUAGUUCCAUGUACGCUGCCUCUUCCUCAUCCUUCGAUCAGCUGCCACGUGGUAUCCGCCGCAAGCAUGCGAGCUUCCAUCAUCAGAGACGACAUCGAGGAGAUGGGGGGGUGUUUUCUCCACGCCCUCCCGCCCCAUGACGCUUCAUCGACGGACUCACCUUCGGAUCCACGCAUCACCGAGCUUCUCGACGCCUACAGCGACGUGUUUGAAGGCCCGCACGGAGUAGUACCGGAUCGACCCAUCCGCCAUGAGAUCAUCCUCGAGGACGGGGCCGUACCUCCGCGCGGUUGCAUCUACCGAAUGAGCGAGGAAGAGUUAAGUGUGCUUCAUGCACAACUCGACGACCUUCUAGAGAAAGGCUGGAUUCGGCCUAGCUCAUCGCCAUACAGUGUUCCUGUUCUCUUCGUCCGGAAGAAGAACAAGGACCUGCGGUUGUGCAUCGACUAUCGCAAGCUCAACUCGCAGACAAUCAGGAACGCAGGCCCUCUCCCACGCAUCGACGACCUUCUCGAGCGACUGGGCGGCGCCAAGUUUUUCUCCAAGCUGGACCUCAAGUCGGGAUAUCACCAACUCGAGAUUCGCAAGGAGGACCGUUACAAGACCGGGUUUAAGACGCGAUAUGGGCAUUUCGAAUGGCUGGUUAUGCCAUUUGGCCUUACGAAUGCCCUGGCCACUUUCCAAGCGGCUAUGACAACGGAGUUCCGACACAUGCUGGAUCGUUUCGUACUUAUCUACCUCGACGACAUUCUAGUCUACAGCCGGAGUUUGGAGGAGCAUGUGGAACACCUGCGCACCGUUUUGGAGCGGCUACGACAAGCCAAGUACAAAGCCAACCGCGACAAGUGUGAAUUCGCGCGGCAGGAGCUGGAGUACUUGGGCCAUUAUGUGACGCCGCAAGGCAUCCGUCCGCUCGCGGACAAGAUCGAGGCCCUACGAGUAUGGCCCGAGCCCACCAACACCACGGACGUUCGUUCAUUCAUGGCAUUGGCGGGCUACUAUUAGCGAUUCAUCACCGGAUACUCAAGGAUUGUUGCAUCUAUGACGAGGUUACAGUCGCCAAAGG